UAUGUAAAUGAUGUUUUGCAAGUUACGUCGUUUGGAAUUGCUCCGCUCUGGACAAUUUUCGGAUUGUGAGCUGAAAGUUUGGUAUUCUGGUAAAUCAAUGAAUUGCUGCUGCCGCCAAUUCAAAUGCCACAAGCUUUUGUUAGCCUCCGCCUCGGAGGAGUUCGAGCGCAUGUUCCGCGAAAUGGACUUCAACAAAAAACAGCUGGUGAUCAAUGUGAAUGACGCCAAGCCCGAUGCAUACGAAACUCUGUUGCUCUAUAUAUACACAUACGAGAUAUAUAAUGACAUCAAGAUCGACAUAUUCCCAGAUCUCAUCUACUUGGCCACCAAAUACAAGAUGCCCGACUUUGUGGAUGGCUACAUUAGCAAAUUCAUCAACAAGGAUUGGCCCAUGUGCACAGUGCUGAAAAUGUUUCAGCUGGCCAACGAGCACAAUCGCCCGGCCAUGUUGAAGCUCGUGGGAAAGAAAAUGGUGCCAAUGGCUCGAAAGCUGAUCGCUGAUAAUACUUUUCUGAUCUUUAACAUUAAGGAGCUGCAUGCCCUGAUGUUGAUUUUGCAAAAUGCAGACACCAUUUCCGAUAGGGAUUUGCUGCUGGCACUGAAGAGAUAUCAGAUACACAACAAUUUGUAUUACACAAAUAUGUGCUCCUUUCAACAAUUUGUCAAUGUGACGCGUCUAUUUGGCAAUCUGCUCUUUGCAUCGGACGGCACUUUGGCCAUAAAAGAUGAGACCGAGACUGAAGCAGCAGCACCAUCAUCAGCAGCAGUUGUAGCGUCAUCAUCAUCAUCAUCAUCAGCAGCAGCAUUACGUCCAUCUGCAGCGGUAGAAGCACCAGCAGUUAGAGCAUCAUCAGUAAGAGCAGCAUCAUCAGUAAGAGAAUCAUCAGUAAGAGCUGCAUCAUCAGUAAGAGCAUCAUCAGUAAGAGCAGCAUCAUCAGUAAGAGCAGCAUCGUCAGUAAGAGCAGCAGCAGAAGAAAAUUCGCAAACCGAACUAGAACCAGCUGAAGCAGAAUCAUUAAGCAAUUUGAAUCCAGUUAAACAGGAACCAGAUCAACAAAAAUUACAAACAGAAGUAAGAAAUGUACGAGAGUCAACGCUGACAGAGAAUAAGAAGGAGUCUGAUACACCAAGAUUACUAUCAUUAGUUAAGGAAGGAGAACUAGAGGAAGUACGUCGAUUAUCAAUGCCACAUGAAAAUAAAGCUGCUUCAUCAUCACUGAAUAGCAAACAAAAAAAAAUGAAAGCUUCGCCAAGGGAAAGGCGAACUUCGUCUCGAACAUCACAUCGAAAUUAUAAUCCAAAUUAGUUCCAUAUUCCUCUUCUAUUGACUAUUGUAGUAUAUGCAUAUGGCACAUUGCGUUCCGCUGCAUGAAUCGCACGAACCAAGCAGAAGUUCAGCGAAUACGUGAUAUUGCUAGUUCAAAAAAGUAUCUGGUUCGGUUCACAGCUCCAAUAAACGCAUUUUCCAUCGUUUACUCAAGCGCAUAGCUUAAAGAAAAGUGGGAGGGGAACCAUUAGGAACAUUAUCGAUAUAGGAAUAACUUUUAUACAUUAACUUUAAUUGAAACGCUUA